ACUUCUCUCACUAGGGCUGCAGUUUGUAGACUCUCAGGGAGCUUUCAAAAAAAAAAAAUCACAGGUGGAGGUCGAAGGGGUUUUAGACCCUGAAGAGACCCUCCCUGGAGUCUACCCUGCAUCUUUGGGGAGGUUGUUCUUGGGGUCCAGGCACCCAACAGCACCCCUUGCCAAUCAUCUGUGCUCCCACCCCCAGCCCAGGCCUCUUGGAGGCUCUGAGGCAAACUGGGGGCUUGCGGGGUGGGGUUGAGAAGAUCUGCUGUACGUGCCACAUCUGUGACCCAGGAGCACUGAGGCUCCCCUCAUCAGCGGAGACCAAGGAAAGACGCAAGAACCCACCUUGCCUGCGUACCUUUCUUGACCCAAAAUGGCCAAGGAGAACAAGUCUCUGUUACCAUAUUACACAGCCGAGAGUGGUUCUGAAGCCGGUAUGUUCAACAUCGCCACGGGGAAAUUACAGCAGCAGCUACAAGGAGGAGAGUAUGAUAUAUUCAAGUAUGCACCGAUAUUCGAGAGUGACUUCAUCCAGAUCACCAAACGUGGAGAAGUGAUCGACGUGCACAACCGUGUCCGGAUGGUGACCGUGGGCAUUGCGACCACCAGUCCUAUCCUUCCACUCCCUGAUGUCAUGCUACUGGCCCGACCAACGCCGUGCGUUGAGCUUCCCGAACAUGACGAGUUCAGCAGCAGCAUAGACACAGACCACAAGGCUGAAAAGACCUUGGAGCUGACUAGGCUCCUUCCUUUGAAGUUUGUAAAGAUAACUGUUCACAAACGAGAUAAGCAACAGCUACGUCUCAAGUUCGCGACUGGCCGCUCUUGCUACCUGCAGUUGUGCCUCCCUCCAGAAAGCACGGAUGACCUCUUCUCCUACUGGGAAAAACUGAUUGACCUCCUGAGACCCCCUGUGGACAGUACCACCAGUACAUACGCCGUCCCAGCAGGGGACAUGGACAUGGCUCUUCUGGAUGAAGAACGUAAGGCAAAAAGAAUCCUCAAGAAAAAAAGCAAGCUAGAGAAGAGCAUUGCCAAAAGCUUGCGGAAAAAACCCCAGAAAGACCAGGCCAGUGUCAAAAGCACCCGGGAGAAAACUGAGCUAGACGCGGUCAGUGUCAAAAGCAUCCAGCAAAAAACCGAGCCAGACCAGAUCAGUGUCGUAAGCAUCCCUCUGGCCCCGGGUUUGAAUGAGUUCGGCUCCUCUGCAUUUGUUGGUGGGGAGGGAUAUGAUGAUGCUCACAUAUCCACUGUUGUGUCCAGGGUAUCCACGCCCGAAUUAAACUCAAAAGUCCUUGCCGGAGAGUCAGUAUCAGGGACAAUGGUGUAUGACCUGGUGGGCUCUUUGAACUUGGUGGCAAACAGGUUUGAAGGCUCUGGACAGAUAAACACACCUACAGCCGGGGAGCCUGCCUUUGGAGCAAGAAGAAGCAAAAGCCAUUUGACCAUAGCAAGCCCCGGCAAGAUGUCGCCGAACAGCAUGAACAUUGCUUUGGCGGGGGUGAUGAGCAAAUCCUUAGAGUAUAUUCCCAAUUUAUCUGCCGGCCACUCCCCAAAAGAGAUCAUGACUAUAACAAAUUCAAGGAUCGAGACUAUAGGAAAGUCUGUUGGAGAGACAGCAGAUGACCCAGUCCCAGUGGUCCUUGCCUUGACCAUGCCAAGUGAGAGCCGCCUAAGCAAAGAGACUGGACAUCAGAAAGCCUACACGGGCGGCCCCAAAGCCCAUAAGGAACGGAGGCCAAGAAGGGAGGAGAGAGCAAAGCAAAGAGUUGGUGGCGGGAGUGAGCAACACCACAGGACAGGAGAAGGUCACAAGACAACAGGGAACAAGGAGUUUCGAAAAUCAGCCAGCCACAGAUGUGUCGUCGAUGACAAAGAAAAAGGCAUCAAGCGGAACAGGUUGCACAAAGGGGUCAGCCACAUCCCCAUCACAAAGGAAUCCCGGAGCUCCCACAAACUGGCCCGGAACAUCUCCAAUGUCAGCUGUGCCUCUGCGAGCAAGAGGAUGGGCAGAAUCACCUUGUUCCUGAGAAACAUCAGAGCCAACUUGGCUGCAAAAGGCCUGGCACCACGUGGCCAAGAUGUGGACAUCAUGACUAAGACAUUAGAGACAACCGAUGUGAAGGCCAUCAUGGAGGCAGAGGAUGACCAGGGCCUGGAAAACAUAGCUUCUAUAACAUCCGAGGUCAUGGAGACAGUGACCUUUGAAGCUAAGUAAAGUACAGCUCAGAGCCAAAAACUGCAAAGGGACCCAGGGCCCAGGGCCCAGGGAAAAUCCCUGGAAUCUACUCCAGCUUUCUUAAUGCAGUUUAAAUAAAGAACUAUUCUACCUGAAAA